GAAUAGCUUAAAAUAUUACAGUGUCAUAUCAUGAAAUCUUAUUUUUAGUGUUUAUUUUGAUUAAUUUUUGUAAUUAUUAAUUAUUUGUGUCCCGGGGUUCAGACUGUGAUUUAAAUUUAAAAAUGGAGAAACCACAAAAAAUUCCCAAAGUCGCAAAGGUUAAAAAUAAAGCACCCGCGGAGAUACAAAUCACUGCUGAGCAGCUAUUAAGAGAAGCAAAGGAGCGUGAUCUUGAAAUUGUACCACCUCCUCCCAAACAAAAAAUCUCUGAUCCAGUAGAACUAAGAGAUUAUCAACACAGAAAACGCCGUGCUUUUGAGGAUAAUAUUAGAAGGAACCGUACAAAUAUAAGUAAUUGGAUAAAAUAUGCUGCAUGGGAAGAAAGUCAGAAAGAAAUUCAAAGAGCGCGAUCAAUCUAUGAAAGAGCACUAGAUACAGAUCACCGAAAUAUAACACUAUGGCUAAAAUAUGCCGAACUAGAAAUGAGGCAUCGACAAGUGAUGCAUGCCAGAAACCUUUGGGAUCGUGCUGUUGUCAUCAUGCCACGUGCAAAUCAGUUUUGGUACAAAUACACUUAUAUGGAAGAGAUGUUAGGAAAUGUUGCAGGAGCUAGAGCAGUAUUUGAACGAUGGAUGGAAUGGGAACCACCAGAACAAGCUUGGUUGACUUAUAUAAAAUUUGAAUUACGUUAUCAUGAAGUUGAUCGUGCAAGAAAAAUCUAUAAUAAUUUUGUUAUGGUACAUCCAGAUGUCACAAACUGGAUAAGAUCUGCUAGAUUUGAAGAGCAAAAUGGCUUUAUUGUUGGAGCACGGAGUGUAUUUGAAAAAGCAGUUGAAUUUUUUGGUGAUGAUCACAUCAGCGAAAAUUUGUUUAUUGCAUUUGCAAGAUUUGAAGAACGACAAAAAGAACAUGAACGUGUGCGAGUAAUUUAUAAAUAUGCUUUGGAUCAUGUUCCUAAAGACAGAUGCCAUGACAUUUAUAAAGCAUAUACAAUACAUGAGAAAAAAUUUGGUGAUCGGACUGCAAUUGAAAGUGUUAUUAGUAGUAAAAGAAAACUACAAUAUGAACAAGAAGUAAAAGAUAAUCCAACAAAUUAUGAUGCAUGGUUUGAUUACUUAAAAUUAGUUGAAAGUGAAGGAAAUUUGGAAGUAAUUCGAGAUACAUAUGAACGAGCAGUUGCCAAUAUACCUCCUUCAAAUGAAAAGCAUGCAUGGCGUCGGUAUGUUUAUUUGUGGAUAAAUUAUGCUUUGUUUGAAGAGCUGGAAGCUGAAGAUGAAGAGCGUACACGUGAUGUUUAUCAGACAUUUAUUUCUACUAUACCUCAUAAAAUAUUCACUUUUUCAAAAGCUUGGUUAUAUUAUGCACAAUUUGAAAUAAGACAUAAAAAUUUAAAUGCCGCGAGAAAACGAAUGGGUGUUGCAUUAGGUUUAUGUCCCAGAGAUAAACUGUUUAGAGGCUAUAUUGAUUUAGAAAUACAACUUAGAGAAUUUGAAAGAUGUCGUAUAUUAUAUGAAAAAUAUUUAGAAUUUGGUUCAGAAAACUGUGUUACUUGGAUUCGAUUUGCAGAAUUAGAAACAGUAUUGGGUGAUAUAGAUCGUGCCAGAGCUAUUUAUGAAUUAGCUGUAAACCAACAGCGAUUAGAUAUGCCAGAAGUUUUAUGGAAGUCUUACAUCGAUUUUGAGACAUUACAAGGGGAAACAGACAAAGCUAGAAAAUUAUAUGAAAGACUUCUGGAAAGAACUAAUCAUUUUAAGGUGUGGAUGAGCUAUGCACAAUUUGAAGCUUCUUCAGAAGAGGAAGGUAUCGAUAGUGUAUCAGUAGCAAGAAGAGUAUUUGAAAGAGGUAAUGAAGCACUACGAAGAGGUGGUACACCAGAAGAAAGAGAAGGCAUUUUACAGGCAUGGUAUAGAUUUGAAGAAGAACACGGAGAUGAUGAUAGCAAAACUAAAGUCAAAAAUAUGUUGCCGAGGAGGAUUAAAAAACGAGUGCCUUAUACUUCAGAAAGUGGAAGGGACAAAGGAUGGGAAGAAAAAAUAGACUAUAUUUUCCCAGAAGAUGAUGCUGCAAGACCAAACCUUAAACUUCUAGAAACUGCUAAAGCAUGGAAGAAAAUGAAAUUAGAAGCAUUGUAAAAAAAUAACUAAUGUAUAAUCUUCUAUUACUUAAUAUCAAUUUCAUAGUACAUACCACAAUGUUUUUAAUAAUAGAUUCUUUGUAUAAUUCAUAA